GUGAUGAAGGAGUUAGUAAGCCAUGACAUCACAAAGUGAAAGUAUGGCAGCGUCCGUAGCAGUGGGAUUAAAUUUCAGCACGUUGGUUCCCUGUAACGCACUUUACGAUCACACAAACUUCUUCACGAAUAUGUGUCCAGUUCACGGUGGUCAUAUGAUGUUUAUCUCUGAUUUGCAGAUUGACGCGCGCGCAGUGAAUCUGGGAACGCGCAGGGAAAACGGGAAAUUAAAAUCGAACCUCCUCUGCAAUGGCUGCAGAAGGAAACCCAGAUCUGGAAUCCAGUGAUCCGGGUUUGGAAGUAGAGUUUGUGUCUUUGAGAUCACAAGCCGAGGAGCUGCGACAGGAGCUGAAGACAUGCAAGGAUGAACUUCAGAAGUUACAGAAACAGCUCAUCCAAAACGAACGACUCCAGAAGACGACAGAAAGCUACAACGAAGAUCUCAGGCAGCAGGUUGAUCAACUGAGUGCAGAAAUCCAUGAGCGAAAGAAGAGAGAGAGGGAGAAAAUAGAUGCUGAGACUCAGACGGAGGAGUAUACAUGGACGGAGACAGAUUAUUAUAAUUAUUACUAUGGCGGAUACUACCAGUCCGGAACGGAGACCACAGCAGAAGCACAGGAGAAUGCUGUCAUGGAAUCUCAAGGAUAUUGUGAACCAACUGAGGAGCAUCAUGUAACAGCUGAGACAGCACCAACCAAUCCUGAGCUACCAAAUGAAUCGAGUGAUCUUCCACAAACAGAGGAGGCCUCUGGAGAAGGUGGCUCUAUUGCAGACAUGCUGAGAGCAACCGCUGAGGAAGCGUUGAACCAGACCAACUUUGUGUUUGAUGAAAGUUCUGGCAUGUACUACGACCACAGCACUGGAUUCUACUACGACUCUUCCAGUCAGCUGUAUUAUGAUGCUAACACAGGCAUGUACUAUUACUUCGACCCAGAGAGUGGAAAAUACCAAUUCCACUCUAGGAUAGAGGUGCCUGCAGCACAUCCCGAAGUGGAGCAGAUGCCACAGAGGAAGACCAAAGAUUGGAAAAACAGGAAGUCGGUGAAGAACACCGAUAGAGCUUCCUGUCCUGAUGGAGGGGUUCAGGAUUUGACUUGCUCAUUGGCUCAGUUGAAGAUAGACCAUUUGAAGCAGGUUGGAGUGAGAGAAGCCUGGCCACCCUGUGUUCGGGUAACUGUGGUUCGCUCUCCUGUGCUGCAGACGGGAACGCUUUUCAUCUUCACGGCUGAUACAGUCGCCACCAUCGGCCGAGAGAAAGACAUGAAUCAUGCCAUCAGAAUCCCCGAGAUGGGAGUCAGUAAGUCCCAUGCAGAAGUUUAUUUUGACCAGGAGCAGCAGUGUUAUAUGCUGAUAGAUCAGGGAAGUCAGAAUGGCACCGUCCUCAAUGGAAACCGAAUACUGCAGCCCAAAGUUCGCUGUGACCCUUGCCCUCUGACCCACGGAGAUGAAGUUAAGAUGGGAGAAACAGUUUUGUCUUUCCACAUUCACAUGGGAACAGACACAUGUGAUGGCUGUGAACCAGGACAGAUCAUUGCACACCUGAGCCGCCAUAAGAAAGACGACACCUCUGCAACUAUUCUCAGUAAAGAGGCCAAGGAGGUUCAAAGACAGAAAGAACUGAAGAUGAUGAAGGUUAAAUAUGGUCUUAAAAGCAGUGAUUAUGAGGAGCAGAAAGCCCUGAAGAACAGCAGGUAUAAAGAUAGAGCAGAAAACCGCCGGCAAAAAGUCGGCAGCGAGGCUACGUUCAAGAGAGAUGAUGCUCCUGCUUCUGUUCACGUUGAAAUUGGAGAUGAGAAUAAGGGUAGAAAGAUGCUGGAGAAGAUGGGCUGGAAACGAGGAGAAGGGCUCGGCAAGGACGGAGCUGGAAUGAAGGAUCCAAUUCAGCUGCAUGUGCGCAAGGCUCAGUCCGGUCUUGGUGCUGGAGCUGCUGUGUCGAUAGAAGACGCUUCACUCACCAAAACCAAAACCCAGCGGAACUGGGAACGUGCACGGGAACGGUUCUCUGACGCCUGCCAGGCUGACUCCGCCCAUACUGAAACCAGCCAAUCACCUAAAGCCUGGGUCAAAAGUCAGGACACAGAGUGACUUCUUUGAAUCUGAUGCCAGACAUGGCCAUCAUUUUGUUAACUUUUAUAGUAAUUUCAGUUGAAGACCUUAUUCUUAUGAGGUUUGUAAAUAGAUGCAAGUUUGUUUUAAAGAUUGCUGGUCAGAGAGAGUGUGUUUUUGUUUGUUGUUUUUUUGCAGUGAAUUCAGAUACAGAAUAUCUUGGACAAAUAAACAAUAAAAAACAGUAAAUGCAUUCCAAAUUAUAAUUGUUUUGCAUCCUAAAAUGAAAUGGGUAAGUCUGCCUUACUGUGCAAGAAUGCAUGCAAAAUGUUCCAAUAAUAAAUUAUCUGUAAA